AUGGCAACUCCAUUAACAAUCCCUCCAACUGAACCCCACUUCUUCAAGCCCCUCUUACCAGGUUUCCACCAUGAACUGUUGAUACCCAUCUCUUUCUUCAAGUACUUGAAUAAUGGAGAGAAGUGCGAACAGGCCCUACUGAGAAGCCGCGGUCUCGGGAAGUACUGGGCAGUGAAGGUCAAGGGACGGCGUUUGGAAGAUGGUUGGACUGAUUUUGCGCAAACCCAUGAGUUGAGUGUGGGUGAUUUCUUGGUGUUUAGGCAUGAAGGAGACAUGGUGUUUGAUGUUACCGUGUUUAAACCAAGCGGAUGUGAGAGAGAAUAUACGUCACUGGAUAUCAGUACUACUGAUCAUGUUGAUUCAUGGAAACUACUGCAAAAAAGUAAUUCAGAGUCUGCAGAUUCUAUCAAGGACUACUUAAGUAGUGGGUCAGAAAAGACUUUUAAUUAUCCGUCCAUGGCUCGUCCCAAAGCAGAAGCUUCACCUUUCACACUUGGCGAUCAUCCUAGUUUUGUGUCCACCCUGAGGCGUUAUGGCAUUGAAUUUUCUAUGCUAUAUAUUCCUGUGAAGUUCGCAAAGCAGAAUGGUCUAAUAAAUAGAAGUUGCGAGAUGAUACUGAGAUGUCAACAAAGAUCAUGGAAGGUAACCCUGCAGAAAAAGUCGGAUGGUAGUCAAGUUUAUAUUAGACGUGGUUGGCGUGAUUUCUGCAUUGCAAAUGGCCUAAAGGAAGGAGACACCUUCAGGAUUGAGCUCAUCAACAAUGGAAAAGUGCCUAUCAUGGACUUCCAUAGUAAGUUUAAUCUGUUUUAA